CGGUGGUCUAUUUAUCUGCACCAGCGGGUCUUCAUCUUCCUGAAUUUUCACAAUCACGCAUCUCUCUUUUUUUCUCUCGUUACUCUGUUGGGCUACUGCUGGAACGAAAGCGAUUGUUCAGUUUGUGGCUCAAUUGAGGCAAUCUGGAGGAUCUCAUCGCCAAAAGGUGAUUUCCUUUCUAAUUUCAUUUUCUUUCUCGCCUUCCAUUUCCCAAUCAUGCUCAAUUUCAUUGGAUUUCCCUUUUUCAUUUCAAACUGCGGAUUAAGCUUCUUUUCCCCGAUGUAGCAAUGUUUCAAAUACGGAACCAAUGAUUUCCUGGAUUUGGAAUUGGGAUUUGUUUUCUUUUUUGUGUUAGGGUUUCGGAGUUCGCUCAUACGGUUCUGGUUUGUUUGUGAUAAGGUUUUGUUGUUAUCUUGGAGAAUUUUGUUGUGGAGCUUCCGAGGAGGAGCUGCCUCGUUUACAACUCUGGCCGACACCGCAGUGAUUUCGUCUCGAUCUUCCUGCACAGUUGCCCUUUUCCGGGAAUUUUCUGGUCCAUGGGCGUCGUCCGAUUGCACUUUUUUGUUGGUUCGGCGUCUUCCGAUCGACUACGGCUAAUGUCAAUCCGAUCCAUCUUUUGAAAAAAAAAAUAUUAUAUUGAUCUAUCGAAAGCAUUAGCGAUGUGAGCAUUUGAAGCAUAAAUUCAAGGAGAAGUGUAAGAAGGCUAGGUGGAGGGAAUAGUUCUAAGAACAGAGACGUCUUAAGAGGAUUUUUCUUUUUUGUUUCCAUAAAUUUUACGAUGGCAAAAUUCAAUUGCUUCUCUGUUCGGGCUGGGAAGAAGAAGAAAACCAAGACUUUGCAAGUCAGCAUCCAUCACCCUGAGGAGCCCUUUCAAGUUGAAGAAGCGAAGUCGUCAACUCUGGACGUUUCGAUUCAUUACCCAUCUGAGAAUGAUUCUAGGCUGGAUGUCAAGAUAACCAACCAUGAGAUUCCUAUAAGACGAGGAGCUGUAGAAGCAGCAUAUGAAGGUGAAGAUGAGCGCGACGACAACUCCAUCAAGCGGAACCUUUCUGAUUAUGAUCUCCCUGCCCAAGCCACCUGCGGAGAAGAAUUUGAGUUUAGGUUGUCUAAUGCGUCGGGGAAACAAUUUGAUAAGAUCACCAUUGAAGGUGGUGGAGGCGCUGAUAUGACGAUCCAAAGUGGACAUGUUAGUGAUCCUGGAAUUGGUAGGGCCGUAUCCUGGGCAUCACCUAAACUUAAACGCUCCUGCUCGAAUUUGGAAACCAGGGAUGUGCUUAGAAAUUUAACUCAUCAGUUGCCUCCAACAAAGUCCCAGUCCUAUGAAGAAUUGCAAGGACUGGCAGACAAAAUGAGGAACUAUGUGGAUCCUGGCAGUCCGGGUUCGGUUAUGACGCAUCACAGUGCUGAUAAAGUGAUGUUGAAGAAGCGUUCUUCGAGCCAGAUCCUUCCUUCCAGAAGUAGAAGGUUGUGGUGGAAGUUGUUCCUGUGGAGCCAUAGAAACCUACAAAAUCCGUGGAGUACCAAGGCCCCUCCCACCAGCUUUGCUUUCAACCAGCAAGGUGGGUAUUGUUCGGAUAGUCUCGAGCCGAACAGAGCAGCGGGAAAAGGUAUGAUGGAAUCACCUGGAUCAUUUGCUGAGGAAACCUGGGCAGGCCCGAGUAACAUCAAAAGUGAAGAUCAGAAUCAGGAGAGUUUGUGUAAUGGAGUCUCUGGUCUAUGGCCACAGAACCAGUGGGUUGCAUUCUCAGCAGAAUCAUCUUCACUAAGAAGAGUGGAUGAGUGGGUGAAAGAUCUUCAAAUCCAACCCCGUCUUGAGGUUGGGGAUGAUGGUGAUGAUGAUGCAGAUACUUUCUUCCCACCAUCUCCCGAGAGAAGUUCAACUCACAUAACUCGACGCGGAGAACCCAAUCUGACAGAAGAGAUUUUGUAUGCCAAUAGCGUCAUACAGUCCCUGAAUUCUUCCUCAACCGUAGCUCACAUCUCUGGUAUAGGCUUAAAAGCCAUACCCACAAUCUCACACCUAUCCGGUCUUAGAUCUGUAAACUUGUCCGGAAAUCUCAUAGUUCACAUAAAUCCUGGAUCACUCCCCAAGGGAUUGCACACUCUUAACUUGUCCAGGAACAAGAUAAGUGCCAUUGAAGGACUCAAGGAAUUAACGCGACUUCGGAUUCUUGAUCUGAGUUACAAUCGCAUAUCUCGCAUAGGACAUGGAUUGUCAAACUGUGCAAUUAUCAAGGAACUCUAUCUUGCUGGCAACAAGAUUAGCGAUGUUGAGGGACUGCACCGACUCUUGAAGCUCACAGUUCUCGACCUAAGCUUCAACAAGAUCUCAACAACCAAAGCUCUGGGCCAACUUGUUGCCAACUAUAACUCGCUUCAAGCUCUUAAUCUGUUGGGGAAUCCAAUUCAAAGCAACGUGAGCGAUGAGCAGCUACGCAAGGCAGUCGUUGGCCUUCUUCCAAACCUUGUCUACCUUAACAAGCAGGCCAUCAAAGCACAGAGAGCACGAGAAGUAGCAACCGAUAGCAUCGCUAAAGCUGCACUAGGGAAUAGCAGUUGGAGCUCACGUCGAAGAACAUCAAGAAAAACGAGCCAUGUUGCAUCAUCUCCCAUUAGUGGGCACAGAAGCACUGCAAGUGUUGCACACAAAGGAGGCAGGCACAGAUCAAAAGCCGCCCCAACCUUACGCCAUUCUUCGUUGGGGAUGCCGUCAUCUGCUCUUGCCUCUUCAUCUCGUUAGAGACCAAAAAGACAUUCAUUGGGAAGCAUUUUCUGUUUUGAUUUGUUUUUCGUUUCGUUUUUUUCCCCUCAUUUGCCGUCCUGUUUUUCCCGUCCAUAGAACUACGUUUGCCUUUGUGAGUUAAGAAUAUUGUUUUUCCUCUGGCAUGAUAAUAAUCUAUUUAUUUCGUAUUUUC